GAUCUUCGUACUUAGCUUAAAAGAUUAGAAUAUUUUAUACUUAUUUGUUCAUCGGAACGGCUUCAUGUCGCGGAUGCGGAGGGGGGAAUCUUGACGGACGGAGAUGAUCGAAAUGUGGAAGCAACACUUCGACGAGCCCAGAAACGGAGCACCAGGGCGACGGCAGAAACGACGUCACCUGUGUAGUGGACGGCAUGGACAAGCCAGCACCCACGAUUAGAUAAGUUAAGGAUGCCAUCAAGAAGCUGAAGGAGAACGAAGCGGCUGGAAAUGAUGGUAUCGGUGCAGAAUUCAUCUAGAUGAACUCGGAGAUGAAUAACGUAGACUGGAAGAUGUCAUGAGACGGGUGGGCUACGACACACAGGUUACGAUUAUCAUCCGAUCCAGCUAGUUUAUCUGCUUCGGUGACGACAUGGACGUGAUUGGAUUAACAGUGAAUGUGACGAAGACGAAGUAUCCGCUGGCAGGAGGAACCGAGUCCCUUGGGCUCCCAAAGAACCGAUCGUUGGUGGUGGAGGAGUUCGUGUACCUCGGACAAAAGCAGCAACAUUCGAAACGCACCAUUGGUAGUCGUGCUUGGACUCCACAAGACCCUUUCUUGACGUACAAAGUAUACCAUGUACUAAACGCUGAUAAGACCGGUCGUUCUCUAAGAGCACAAGACGUGGACGAUGCUCGAAGAGGAUCUGCAAGGAUGAUUUCGAACUGCGAGUGCUUAUGACGAUCUUGGAACUACGAAUUGGCGCAACUCUACGGCAAGCCAAGUCGCCGAGCUCACAAGUCACAAGUAUUGCAAGAAAUAGGAGAACAAGAAAAAGCAAGCAGCCGUGUCCCGUCUUUAUUUGAGUACAGCCAAAUUAAAAUGCUAAAUCUUCCUUCAACAAGACCAUCUUCCGAUCGCUCUGCUCUUUCACUCCAGUCACUGCUGCUGAUAAGGGGCGACUGUCGUCACCGCUCCGUCCCACCUCUGCGCAAUCAGCUUAUUUAUUGACGCUCCUGCUUUCUCCCGCUUCUUCUGGUCUCUCCCCAUCAUUUCUCGCGGUUGAUAAUGACCGCUGCGGUUCGCGGUCAUCUUCAGUACGCAUCUGGCCUCGUAACACAGCAGAAUGUCCUCCGUGGUGCAGAAAACCGUCGAACCGGCGUUCGUUCAGCUCAGCGAACUGGCCUCCAAAAGUAGCGGUGGCCGGAUUCUGUUUGCGACGGACGACUGGUUCGCGCCGGCCGAAUGGAUGCUGGCCGAUUCGGAGCCGGUGUUCGUGGCGGACAAGUACACCACGUUUGGCAAGUGGAUGGACGGAUGGGAGACGAGACGUAAGCGGAUCGCCGGGCACGAUUGGUGCAUCGUCCGGUUGGCGGCACCGGCGCGGGUCUGCGGCAUUAUGGUUGAUACGGCGCACUUUACCGGGAACUUUGCUCCGAGGUUUUCGCUGCAGGGUGCUGCGUUGGAUGCGACCGAGGAGGAAUCGAUUCCGGAACGUGGCCGCGAGAUGAUGGGGACGGCCUGCAGUGAGAAGGAUUUGCAGCUGAUGGCCACGCUCGGAAGUGACCGGUGGAAGGAGAUUAUCGAGAUGACCCCGCUGAAGCCGGGCUACGAGGACACCCGAAAGCAGUACUUUAGCGUCACAAGCGACCAGGUGUUUAGCCAUUUGAGGGUCAACAUCUUCCCGGACGGCGGGAUCGCUCGGUUGCGCGUGUUUGGCCAGGUUCAACCGAACCUUCAAGCGCUAGCCUCAACCGGUCGACUCGUCGAUCUGCUUGGAAUGCUCAACGGAGGACAGUGCUUAACGUUCUCGAACGCCCACUACGGCCAUCCGAGGAACCUGUGCAAACCUAACCGGGGCAUCAACAUGGGCGACGGUUGGGAAACGGCCCGACGGCUGGAUCGACCACCCGUCCUGAAAACAGACCGCCAAGGAAUCCUCCAGGUGCCCGGAUGCGAAUGGGCCAUCUUCAAACUUUGCUCACCGCGCUCAAAAGUUGAAGUCGUCGUGGACACGAACCACUAAGGAAACUUCCCGGACAACGUAAAAAUUGAGGCCACUCUACUAGCGGAAACCGCAACGCUGCAAUCCGCCCAGUGGAAGGUCAUGCUAGACAGCAGUAAGCUGUCCGCCCACCGGGAACACGUCUACCAGGAGGAAUCGCUACGGUUCCGGGGACCUUGCUCGCACGUACGCAUUACGAUGGCGCCGGACGGUGGAAUUUCGCGCGUUCGGCUGUUUGGAGUAGUUUUGUAAAUAAAU